AUCAACAUCGAAGAACUUCCCGUUUCAUAUAAUCAUUCCAAAAAGGCUUGGAUGACCAGACUGUUGUUCCGUCAAUGGUUCCACGAAGAGUUUGUCCCCGCUGUUCGAAAAUUUUCGGCCGAGAGAGGAUUGGAGCCAAAGGCAUUGCUGGUUCUUGAUAAUUGCACCAGUCAUUAUGACGUUGACGAAUCUCUACAGAGUGACGAUGGACUGAUUCAAGUGAUCUACCUCCCACCAAAUGUAACUGCUGAAUGCCAGCCGAUGGACCAAGCGGUCAUCAAUGCAAUCAAGCGAAAGUAUAAAAGAAAACUGAUGCUCGCAUUAAUUCUGGAAAACGAACACUUAAGUUUCGAAGAACGAUUGAAGAAGAUUAAUCUUCAACAGUGUAUUUCGUGGUUGGCAACUUCUUGGGAGGAGAUAUCUGACAAAACUAUACGUAAUUCGUGGAAGAAAUUGAUCGAUGGUUUGCCAGAGGAUGCUGUUAAUGUAGACUCGAAAGCGGCCGAUGAUGACUUCAAAGCGCUUGUGUUCAGGAUUGACAGUUUGGCAGGAACAAAAACAUCUGAGCAAGAUAUUGAUCUGUGGAUCAAAGAUCAGGUGUAUGAUGCUGAUCAUAAUCCAGAUUGGGUAACCAGUGAAGUGUUCUCUGAUGACGAGAUUUUGUCAUCAGUUCUCAAGAAAGAUCAACCUGAAAUGCAAGAAGAAUGGUUGGUAGACACAGAAGAUGGAAGUAAUUCGUUUGAUACUUCCAUUACUAGUACCGGAGAUCCUGAUUUUGGCGAUGCAAUCAAGUCAAUUGAUUGCCUAGUUCGCUAUAUGAAGCAUGAUGUUGCAGAAGUAUGCCGUUUGAACGCGCUACGUUCGAAAAUCACUGAAGUUGAAUGGCUAAAACGAGCAUGUUGAAGAACUCUACCAUUUUGUUGAAAAUGAAUUUACGUGGUUUGUUUAAUUUUGUUUGAAACGUUUAAAAUAAAUAUUGUUUUUGUUGAAUAA